AUGCCACUGGCGGUGUUGACAAAGUUACUCGAGACGAUCUUCUCUAAAAACGACACGAUGAAUUGUCGUCAUCUGCUUCUUCUGGCACUAUGGACGCUAGUCCUAUCUGCCCAGGAACUGGUGCCGACCGUUACUGUAGACGAUCUGCAAGGCGAUCUACAGAUACAGGAGUGGAUGCGUGAACUGAGACGAGUGAAACGUGCUCCGACUCGAAAUGAUGAAAGCCGUCGGUAUGGAUCGUCCGCUGCGGUCGUGCUCAGUGCAAACGGGACUGGUCGAUGUGUCAUCUCAGCCGACCAAGCGUCUCACUUUUGCGGCAUGGAGGAAGAAGGCAAGCGCUAG